UACUGGCACACAUGUGCAGGCUGUUCUCUUUAUUGUCUGGCUUUCAUCAUAGACUCACAUUUCCUACCUGUCACCACAAGGGGUAUCCAGGACACAUUAUGAACGUAAAGCUUCAGUAACCAAACUGUACAGGGUAGUCUAGCAGUUUAGCUCUGAGUGAUUCUGUGAAAUUAGAGGAGAGAUUCUUGCAGCUGCUCUUCAGAGACUGCUGUUGUUAGGGGGGGAAAGAGCAGAUCUUUUGGUGUGCGUGUAUUUAUGUGAGAAGAUGCAGAGUGUAUUUGACUGAGCUAUUUGGCCACUGGGAAGCACUGAAAGGCAGACAGAGCACGAGAGAAAAGAGAGCAGAGGAAGCAGGAACAGGACUGAAGUGCAGAGCAGCUGUGACUGUUUCUUAAUACUCCGGACUCCUUUGGGUGCUUCAGUCAAUGGGAGCAUGGAUUCUUUCACUGAAAUCUUCCUCAAGAUGCUGUUUCUGGUCCCUCUUCAUCAUUGGAAUGUAUCUGUAGCAGGGAACAAAUAUAAUUGUGAUGAUCAACUGGUGUCUGCCUUGCCUCAGUCAUCAUUCAGCAGUUCAUCAGAGCUGUCCAGUAGUCACAGCCCAGGAUUUGCAAGGCUAAAUCGAAGAGAUGGUGCUGGUGGCUGGACUCCUCUCAUGUCAAAUAUAUAUCAGUGGCUACAGAUCAAUCUUGGUGAAAGAACUGAAAUUACUGCUGUUGCUACCCAAGGUGGAUAUGGGAGUUCUGACUGGGUGACAAGGUACCUCCUGAUGUUUAGUGACAGUGGAAGAAACUGGAAACAAUAUCGUCAAGAAGAAAGCAUUUGGGCUUUUUCAGGAAAUACCAAUGCAGACAGUGUGGUAUCCUACAAGCUUCAACAUUCUAUUAAUGCAAGAUUUCUGCGAUUUGUCCCUUUGGAUUGGAACCCCAAUGGCAGGAUUGGAAUGCGGAUCGAGGUCUAUGGCUGUGCUUACAAGUCUGAGGUGGCAGAUUUUGAUGGAAAGAGCUUCCUGAUCUACAGAUUUAACCCCAAAUCCACAACGGCACUGAAAGAUGUCAUUUCUCUGAAGUUUAAAACUAUACAUAGUGAUGGAAUUCUGCUACAUAGAGAAGGACAGAACGGAGAUCACAUCACAUUGGCAUUAGUUAAUGGGAAGCUUUCUUUACUCAUCAACAUAGGUGAUGCUAAAAUGUAUUCUGCUGAUGCCCAGGUUAAUAUCACUCUGGGUAGCCUUUUGGAUGAUCAGCAUUGGCAUUCAGUCCUCAUUGAACAUUUCAAUAAUCAAGUGAACUUUACAGUUGAUAAACACACUCAUCAUUUUCAUGCAAAGGGAGAAUUCAAUUAUUUGGACCUUGAUUAUGAGCUCAGCUUUGGAGGGAUUCCAAUGCCUGGAAAAUCAGGGAUAUUGCCAUGGAAAAACUUUCAUGGAUGUUUUGAAAAUCUUUAUUACAAUGGUGUGAACAUUAUUGAUUUAGCCAAGAGAAAUAAACCUCAAAUCAACAUUUUGGGUAAUAUAUCCUUCUCCUGUUCAGAGCCCCCAAUUGUGCCUGUCACCUUUUCGCACCCCAAUAGCUAUCUUGUAUUACCUGGCACAUCAGGGCUGGAUGAAGUUUCAGUCAGUUUUCAGUUUCGGACCUGGAACAACGAGGGGCUCUUGAUGUCCAGUAAACUAUUCCAGACUGCAGGUGGCCUACUUGUGUAUCUAAGCAAUGGAAAGGUUAAACUGAGCCUCUAUAAGCCAGGAAAGGCACAGAGUGACAUCACUGCAGGUGCUGGGUUACAUAAUGGACAGUGGCAUUCUAUUUCUUUGUCAGCUAAAAGAAAUGGUGUAAGCUUAGUUGUAGAUAAUGAAGGAACCUUCUCCUCUCAUGCUUCAUUACAGAUUUUUUCAGGAGACACUUACUACUUUGGAGGAUGUCCCAUGAAUGCUAACUACUCAGAAUGUAAAAAUCCAUUUGGUGGGUUCCUUGGAUGUAUGAAACAAAUUUCCAUAGAUAACAAAGAAGUGGAUUUAAUUGCAGUUCAACGAAACUCAGUGGGAAAUUUCAGUGACCUUCAGAUAGAUUUGUGUGGCAUUAUAGACAGAUGUCUGCCCAAUUAUUGUGAACAUGGUGGUGAAUGUUCACAGUCCUGGAAUCAUUUCUAUUGCAACUGUGCCAAUACAGGUUACAUGGGGGCAACCUGUCACUAUUCCAUUUACGAGCAAUCGUGUGAAGCCUAUAAGCACAGAGGGAACACUUCAGGCUUUUACUACAUCGAUUCAGAUGGGAGUGGCCCCUUGGGGCCAUUUCUUGUAUACUGCAAUAUGACAGAUACCACUUGGACAAUUAUACAGCACAACAACACUGAGUUAACCAGAGUCAAAAGUGCUAAUCGAGAGAACCCACACACUGUGUUUUUCAAAUAUGCUGCCAACCUAGAACAGCUUCAGGCUACAAUUAACCAUGCAGAACACUGUGAACAGGAAUUUGCUUACCACUGCAAAAAGUCACGGCUUUCAAAUAAGCAAGAUGGGAUUCCAUUCAGUUGGUGGAUUGGCAAAAUCAAUGAAACACAGACUUACUGGGGAGGCUCUAUGCCAGAGGAUGUUCAGAAAUGUACUUGUGGAAUUCAGGGGAGCUGCAUUGAUUCCCAACAUGACUGUAACUGUGAUGCUGACAGAAAUGAAUGGACUAAUGACACAGGACUCCUAUCCUACAAAGACCACUUACCAGUAACAAAACUUGUCAUCACAGACACAGACCGACCAAAUUCAGAAGCAGCAUACAAACUUGGACCCUUGCUGUGCCGUGGUGAUAGAGAGUUUUGGAAUGCAGCCUCCUUCAACACUGAGGCCUCAUAUCUUCAUUUCCCCACUUUUCAUGGAGAACUUAGUGCAGAUGUGUCAUUUUUCUUUAAGACUACGGCAUCCUCUGGUGUGUUUUUAGAGAAUCUGGGAAUUAAAGACUUCAUAAGGAUAGAACUGCAUUCACCAACUGAAGUGACAUUUUCCUUUGAUGUGGGAAAUGGGCCUAAUGAAAUCACAGUGCAGUCACCCACACCCUUAAAUGACAACCAGUGGCACUAUGUGAAGGCUGAAAGAAACAUGAAAGAGGCAUCCCUGCAAGUGGAUCAAUUCCCUCAAAGGUCUCAUACAGCUCCAGCAGAUGGACAUAUCCGUUUGCAGCUCAACAGUCAGCUCUUUGUUGGUGGAACAGCAUCAAGGCAGAAAGGAUUUUUGGGGUGUAUUCGUUUUUUACAGUUAAAUGGAGGAGCACUUGACCUGGAAGAGAGAGCAAAAAUAACCCCAGAUGUCAAACCAGGUUGCCCUGGACAUUGUAGCAGCUAUGGUAACUUGUGUCUCAAUGGAGGAAAAUGCAAAGAGAAAUACAAUGGAUUUUCUUGUGACUGCACUUCCUCUGCUUACAUGGGGCCAUUCUGUAAGAAAGAGAUCUCAGCAUAUUUUGGAGCUGGUUCUUCAGUGAUGUACAACUUUCAAGAAUUUUACAGCCUGGCUAAGAAUUCUAGCUCUCCUGCUGCAUCAUUCCAUCCUGAUAUGACACUGACGAGAGAAACAAUCACAUUUGCCUUUCGAACAACACGGAUUCCAAGCUUGCUCCUUUAUGUGAACUCCUUUUACAAGGAAUAUCUUUCAGUUAUACUUGCCAAAAAUGGAAGUUUACAGAUCAGGUACAAGCUAGAUAGCCAUCAAGAUCCUGACAUCUUUAGCAUCCAUUUCAAAAGCAUGGCCGACGGGCAGCUUCACCGUGUAAAGAUUAACAGAGAGGAAGACAUGCUAUUUGUGGAGGUUAACCAGAAUGAAAGGAUAAAAUUCGUUCUGUCUUCUGAUAUACAAUUCAAUGCUAUCAAAUCACUUGUACUUGGCAAGAACUUAGCAGAAAAUAGUGAUAUGGACUCGGAUACCAUGAAGGCAAGCUCUCAGGGAUUUAUUGGAUGUCUCUCUUCAGUUCAGUUCAACCAUAUUGCUCCUUUGAAGGCUGCACUGCACCAUUCCAGCUCUGCCCCAGUCACUGUAAAAGGACAUUUUAUUGAAUCCAACUGUGGCACUUUAACAGGAAGUGAAACAUCAAGUGAAACAACCCAUUCACUUGCAGAUCAUUCGGGACCGAUAGAUGAGGGAGAGCCUUUAGCUAAUGCAAUAAGGAGUGACUCUGCAAUUAUUGGAGGUGUGAUAGCCGUUGUGAUAUUCAUUUUGCUUUGCAUUGCCGGCAUAGCUGUACGGAUUUAUAAAAAGAAAAGUGUAUAUGAAAAAAAGGAGGUGAAAGGAUCAGAAAAUGAGGACAGUGCUGAGACUGCCUUGAAAAGUGAGCUCAGCGUGCAAAACACAGUCAACGAAAAUCAAAAGGAGUACUUCUUCUGAUUUACUUUUAGCUUAAUAACAAUGUGACAGUCUGACUUUCUUGCUAAGCCAGGGGCUCUCGACGGACAAAAGAAGCUGUUGCACUCUAAGAACAUGCAAAUGGAUUUGAAACCUAUUAAGCUGCAUAUGUUCAUUCUCGUUGAUUGCUAUAGGAGGCCUCUUUAAAUGACACGUAUUCCUUAGCUAUUAUACCGUAAAUGCAUUUUAUGUAACAGUGAACUAGAUAUUGUAACCAAUUUCAUUGUUGGUAGUUUCCAGCUGUUCUGCUGUGACUUUCUAGAAUGGAAGUUGAAUGUGCAUCCUGAACAUGGGUUUUGAAUAGGAAAAACUGUAAUGCAUUCAUUGUUCCUCCCUGCCCACUUCCAGUCCUUUCCUCUAAAGAUCUGUUUUUCAGGAGCAUUGUGCAAAGUACAUGAUCGACUGUAAUGUUUUGCUCUAAAUAUCUGGGCUGAAAUACAGCACAGAGUUAAGUCUGCUUAAAACCAUUGGCUGUCAUGCCAUGCAGCAUACAUUCCAUGCAGCAUAGGUGGUUUUGCACUACCUGUGCCGCUGUGGGUAUCUAAAAUUAUGCUGUUGCUGUUGCACAACAGCGCUCUUGUGCCAGUCAAUAAAAUUGCACAGCGUGGUGCUACAGCCAUUAUUUCCCAUAACCAUAGCAUCGCACAAGCAUGCCUGUGCAAUUUUAUGUCUUUUCACAGGAACACAAGCGCUGGCAUUAUUUUAGACUUCUGCAGCAGUGCGGGCAGUGCAGAACUGCCUACAGUAUGCUGUGCAGAAUGUCAGCCAUUGAAAUUAAUUGACUUAAGCUGAUUUAGCUUUGCAUUGAAUUACUGUCUAGUAAUCAGUUCAAAUAACUAAUAUUGAAAAUGUUAUUUUCACUAAUUGUUGGCCAGGUUCAGUGUUGUAGUUGGGCGGGGGGAGACCCUUAACUCCAUGAAUUGUUAUCCCUUUCAUUACUUUCAUGCGACAAGUCAACUUGUAUUGCUUUCUCAUGAAUACUGAAGCUGAUGCAGAACACAGAGUUACUUUUUAGGCUCUAAAUGACUGGUUGUAACUUGUGUUGACUGGUUGUUAGUGGCUAAACUAAACAAGGUUCCACUGUCUAAGAAAGCCAAAGAUUAACUCUGAGCAAAGCAUGCCUAUGUGUUGUACCACCUCUUUUUCAGUAUAUCUGCAGGCAGGUUCUAGUAGUGACAGCCUUUCAUGUAUAUUUCUAUUAAAAAAAAAUGUAACCACAACAAGUGAACAAAGUUUAAUAUUUUCUUUAAUAAGACAAUAUACCAGCAAUGAAAUACACAUUGCACUGCUCCAAAGACAAACUUCAAAUUAUCUCUUUAAUGCAUAAAAGAUAUUAAAAGAUAUUAAAACAACAUACAGAUUUCUCCACAAAACAUGUAAGCCAAAACAAAACCAAGCAAAUGUUUUGGUGUAAUACACCAUCCUCAGUGCUCCAUUUUAGCAUGCCAGCUGAAGUCACUUCAGUACAGAAGCUUAAUAUCUUCUCUGCAAAAGGUCUGCUCUCUCCUCCCGCAUGUGUUAUCUAUGAUCUCUUUGCUGCGUUCGGUUCUCAGAUUCUGAGUUUAAGUACCUUCAGCUGGCAUACUAAAUGGCCACUGAGGAUGCUGUAUUACACUGAAAUGUUUGCUUGAUUGUUUUAGCUUACAUGUUUUGUAGGGGAAAACUGUAAGUUAUUUUAAUAUCUUUUAAUGUCUUUUCUGCAUUAAAGAGGUCAUUUUAAGUUUGUUUUCUUUUAAAAAGAAAUUAGAGGAGAUGAUGCCUUGAUAGUCCCACUAUCUGAACACCAUGCAGGAAUGAUGCCAGAUUAUUAGUCACUGAUGCCCUAAUUGUGCAUUCUGUUAGCGGUGUUGGAACUGCUUCCACAUGACAAGAUGCAAUGGUGCUCUAAUGCAUGCCUGAAAAAUAUGGGCAGGGACAAUUUCACGGCUCCUUUCCACCGCAUUAUCGCUCUCACAACCAAAUACAAUUGGAUGGGAAGGGCUGUUGCAACUGGCCCCAAUUAUGUGUUUCUGGCAUUCUAGUAUAUAUCACAUUGUCAUGAGAUCUCACUGUGGAGAAACAUCUCACAUGUUACCACAGUGUACCAUAUGAAAAGGAGAUGGAUUAGUUGCAGGUAUGAAGUUACUAAGCUAUAGUAACUUCUUGCUGUUCUCGGGACUCUUAACAUUUAAGACUUUGCCACUGCCAAAAGUCUCCUUUUUCUUCCCAUAUUGUCCUGCCCCAGAAGUCCUUAUACCAGCAGUCCUGGCUAUAACAAUGCAAUUGCUUUUCCUUUCUGUAACGUUCUACCAAAUAAAGAUGCAUAAAUGGAAAAAUUCCCAGUCUACAGUGGGCUGCCCCUAAGCUUAGCUAUUAUCAUGAUAAACAUUUUGAAAGCAAACCACUUAGUUUGGUUCUUGAUGUAAAAAUGUAGGCCAAAAAAUAAAAUAAAAUUGCCCAGGUGUAUAUGGUAUACAUAUUCUUCAUAACUUUAUCUAUGUGCUCUGUUCCUAAUUUUAGAAUCAAUUUGUAUAAUAUCUAGAGAUCUGCAUCCCAAGAUUUGCCCAAUUAAUUGAAAUAAAUAGAUGACAUACAGGCCUUCAUCGCUGCCUCCUUGGCCCAUAUUUUCUCAGAUUCUCAAUACCAAUUCCUUGUCCACUUCCUUUUUGCUCAGAGCAUAUAGCACUUGCUGUCCCUCAACCCUGUGAGAGGCUUUCUCCAGUGAGGCUUGAUCCACAACUUUCCUCAAUAUUGUGCUUCUUCCAACCUUCUUCUUUCUGGCUUCUGUUUUUUUGUCCCUCUUACCCUUUCCUCCAGUCCUGGCUCCUCAGCCUAUUGCCCUUUUUCUCCAUAGUUCAACUUUGCUUCUUUUGGCCUUCCAUAUCUCCAUGGGCCCUCUUUUCAUUCAACUGUCCAGAUCCCAGUCUUCCUGCUUGACUUGAUAGACUCCUGCCAUUGUCUCUGCUUCCCAACAGCAGCAUAUAGCUCCUACCCUACAUACAGCACUACCCUACCUAAAGUUUUCCCUCCCAGCUUUUCACUUCCUGUUCUGAUUGUCAGUUUUGUAUGAUUGACUGGACAUUUAUGAAAUUAUGAUAUCACAACAAUUCAGUCAAUGAGAGGGAGUGGGAGAGUUCACAGUCAACAGACACAAAACAGCUAGGUUUAGCAAAUGUGAUACAAACAACAUGCUUCAUAACCUUACAAUUGUGUUUUUCCUAUUAUUUCUUGCUUUGCAUCCUUUAAAAUAAUAUUCUUAUUAGUGUAUUAGUUCCCAGGAAAUUAUAGUGUUCUAUCAAUUUAGCUAUGAGUUGAGCUAAGAUAACUCUACAAAAAAUUCCUCUGGCACCUUAAAAACUAACAACUGUACAGUGGCAUAAGCUUUGGGGCCAGUCUUCUUUAUCAGAUGCAUGACAAAAACUUAUGCCACAAUAAAUGUGUUAGUUUUUAAGCUGUUACAACAAUAUUUUUUUUGUAUGUGUUACAAUAUUCCACUUUUCUGUAAUUUUUCAGGCUGAAGUUCUUGCUAAAAUGUUAUUGGCUCCAGAGGAAUUAGUGUUCCUAAGAAUUAUCAACUAGUGUGUACACUUGCAUGUACACACACACACACACACACACACACACACACACACACACACACAUUUUGCUUAAUGAAAAGUUUAGUUGUUAAAUCUGAUCUGAUUUCUUAAAUUAUCAACUUGCUGCAUUGCUGUGUUUCACAGCCUCAUUUGAUCAUGUAGCAUUUGCUGUUUCUUGAGUCUAAUUCUUCUUCUGUUGAAAGCUGACAAAGGCAGAAACACUGACACCACUGUUCCAGCCCUUACCCAGCUCCAUUCAUUUCAAUGAAUGUGCUUGGUUUCCUCCACAUUUCCACAAGCAUAACCAUUCAAUUUAAUUGUAUUGCUGUUGUAACUAACCUGUGUUAAAUCAAUUACCCUCUCUCUCUGGGUAAAACAGUAUAUGUCUAUCACAAAUGAGAAUCAAUCACAUUGUAGCUCAUUAGAGACCAGGCAUUUAACUUCAGUUGUUGCCUUUUAACCAGAUUUCAAAGGGAUGGUUCAGUGUAUGGGAGCAAUGGCCCAUGCAUGCGUUAAUAUCCAGCCUGCAGUGAGAACUCAACCCAACGUCACUCAAAGACAUGCUGACACAAUCUCAGUAUGUUCUAUAAUCGCAUGUGAGAGUUGUUUGUCAGAAUCACCCCUCUACUGGUGCUACAAAACCCUGUUUAAACACGGUUUUGUAGCAUAUGUAUAUGGCGAUUCCGACAAACAACCCUCACAUGUGAUGUGCCAAGAUCAUGUCCACAUGACCUUGAUUGACACUGGGCUAGGUUUGUUCUCAUUGCCAUCUUGACAUUAACACAUGUAGGGGCCGUUGUUCAUUUGAACCAGCCCAAAGAUGCUAUUACAUUGUCCUCAUUCAACUGAUACCUACUGCUUUGAAUUGGGGCCAGUUAGAAAUCUACAGUUGAUUUAGUACAUAUUUUUCCACUGUUAUAUACGUGAAAUGUACAUCCCCAUUUUUUUAACUUUUUUAUUUCUUAAGGAAUAGUUAUUUAAGUAUCCUUUGAGUGUUUUCCAUAAUGUCAAAGGGACGAUAAUACACCAAGAGGUUCAUUUCAUCCUGUUCAGAGUAUAGAUUUGACAAAGAAAAAGGAAAAAGCCUAUAAGGAUAUCACACAUCAGGGGAAGGGGAAAAACUUUUAUGGUGUUAUUUGAAGGAAUUUAGAAGAUAUAGUUUGGUUGAAUGCUUAUUUGUCUAUAGAUGUAUAGUGUAAAAUAACUGAAUUUCUUACAGGGAGCUAAUGCCCAUUUGUAUUUUGGAAGCCAGAGUUCAAAAAGACAUAUGUUACAUACCACUCCUAAAAUAUGGACACAUUUAGAUGGGUCCAGGCAAAUCUAGAAGUGCCUGUUUUCUUUGGGCAUAUGUUAAUGCAAAGACUGUAAAUAAUGUAGUUCUAGACUGACCUGUGGAAACUCACUAUAUUCCUGACAGGGCCCUUCUAUAAAUAUCCUGUCAUUCUGAAAUCUGUCUCCAUUUUGUCUUCUUCAUUUGCCCUGAGCUUUUGUUUGUUCAUAUGUUUUUGGUCAUUUCCACAUGUGCCCAAGCUUGUCAGACAGGCUCAAGAUUCAGAAUUGCUGGUAAGACAUACACAAAUUCAGAAGCACUGAAGCAGUAGUAACCACUCGUUGCUGCUUGUUUCCUUUACAGGUACCUGUGGCUUAGUUCUCACUGAGGCGGUAGACCUGUACCUGGACUAUACCUCUCCAGACUGAAGAUAAGGCUCACAUAAUUGAAAGCUCCACAUAAAAAGUUUCAAUGCAUAUAGAAAGCUGGUAUAUCAGGGAGAAUUUUAACCCAGGUUUAAACCACAUGGCUCUGUGGUCGCCAGGAGUCAACACCAACUCAACGGCACAACCUUUCCUUUCCUUUUUCUCUCUGAUGAAUAGAAAAUUUUUUGUAUGUUAUUUGAAUUUAGUCAUAUAAGGUCACCUACAGUCUGAAGUGGCCCAGCUCAGACACAGGGUUACAACCUCAGUGAGAAGUAGGCCUAUGAAAUGGUGGCAUCAAAUUGCAGUGACCCAUGAUAUAUACCAUUGCUGUUUGCUGUUCUUCCCUGGAUCUUUUUACUCCAGUUUGUAACCUAUUGCCUCUCUGUUAAUAAACAAUCAGUUUUUAAAAUAAA